AUGGUAGUUACAUUUGAUAGUUCGGAACAAAGGACAAAAUUGAGACAACAAGUAGAUGAGGAUUUGAAAAAUCCCACCCCUCGCGGAGAAAAACAUUUAGAUUUCCGAAAGCGUGGUACCACAAAUGCUAAACAUGGAGGGGGCUUGUUACCUGAAGUCAACCAAGAUAAUGUUCGUGAUGUAAUUCAAGAUGUGGACCCAACUUAUGGUACUCCAAAUGAUGGAGGGGCAACAUUGUUUGGGUACAAACACUCAUGGGCUGCGAAGAUCUAUGCAACAAAGGAUCAUAAGGAUGCAGUUCGUGUUAUUAAACGUCAAAAGGCGUCCAAAUGGGAUCUUUCUAAGGAGUGUGCCGAGUUUCAAGCGAAGGUUAAAGAAUGUGUAUUAUACAAAACUAUUGAGUUAGUACAUGCUGAUUUUGACGCUGUUGCCGUAUCCGCAUUUCUCGAGAGGCAUUAUCCUGAGACAUAUACAAUGCAUCUUCCAUUCGGCGAGAUGGCAAUUACUCCCGAUGAUUUCCAUAAUAUCACCGGCCUACCAUUGGAAGGUAAAUGUCUUCGAGAAGGCUACAACCCCUCGAUGAGUUAUGAAGCUCUUGAAGCAUUGGCUCAAAAAUGUCUAGGAUGGGAUGCAAGAAAGUCUCAAUGUGAGUUUAGACGUUCAGUGAGGUCCCCUAAAAAAGGCGAUGAGUAUAAUGCAUAUGAGGCAAAUGGAGCAAAAAAGAAGACGGUGAAGAAAUUCAAGUUGGUUAAGUUGAAGGAAGCAUUUUCUGAGACCAAAACGAAAGGAAAGUUGGUGAUGGACGCGGAGACCCUUAGGCAUCAUGUCACCGCUUAUUGGUUAUAUAUGCUAGGAACUGUCAUUUUCCCCGACACUUCUAGAAAUAGGGUGGAUGCACAUUAUCUACAGCUUUUGGAGGAUCUCGAUGAGAUGAACAAUUAUUCUUGGGCCACUGGUGUGCUUGCUUUUGUUUUAGAAGAGAUGAGCAAAGGGUCGAGGAUUAGGUGUAAUCAAAUUGGAGGUUACUUAACUCUUGUUAAGGUUUGGAUUUACGACCACUUCCCUAAAUUGGGAUUGGGUUCAUAA